GUAAAUAGGCGGAACACACGCUGCGAUCCGGAAGCGUGGGUUCUGAUCACGUGACAGGAAGCAAUUCCAAGAAACAUGGCGGACGACGAACAACAAGAAGGGAUGUCUCAAAAGGAACUCGAUGGUUUGAAUUGUCUUGCAUAUGACGAAGCUAUUAUUGCACAACAAGACAGGAUUCAGCAAGAGAUUGCCACCAGCAUUUCACUCGUCUCAGAUCGUCAGGAUUUAGCCAUACUUAAAAAAGAAUACGCUGAGGAUGACUCGAUUUACCAGCAAAAAAUCAGGGAUUUACAGAAGAAGUACUCAUUUAUACGGAAGACGCGGCCAGACGGAAACUGCUUCUACAGAGCCUUUGGUUUUGCUUACUUAGAAUCAGUGCUGGAUGAUAGUAAAGAGCUUCACAGGUUCAAAGCCAUUGCUGCCAAGAGUAAACUGGACCUUGUGAGCCAAGGCUUUACCGAAUUCACCAUCGAAGAUUUUCACAACACGUUCAUGGACCUGAUCGAGGUGUGUGAUAAGCAGCCGUCCGUGGCAGAGCUGCUCAACUCCUUCAAUGAGCAGAGCGUGUCCGACUACCUGGUGGUGUAUCUGCGCCUCGUGACUUCGGGCUACCUGCAGAGAGAGGACGAGUUCUACCAGUACUUUAUAGAGGGCGGACGCACCGUGCGAGAAUUCUGCCAGCAGGAGGUGGAGCCCAUGUCCAAAGAGAGCGACCACAUCCACAUCAUCGCUCUAGCGCAGGCCCUGAGCGUGUGCAUCCUGGUGGAGUACAUGGACCGUGGGGAGGGAGGCACAGUCAACCACCACAUCUUCCCCGAGGAUGGAGAACCCAAAAUCUUCCUCCUGUACAGACCGGGCCACUACGACAUAUUGUACAAAUAGCUGCACAGCAGCAGCUCCCAACAUCGGUGCACUGUAUCUUUCGAGUCGACUUCAAAGCUGUGAAAUGAAUAUUAGGAGUCCAGUACUCAAUCUCACCGUCUCUUUCUCAGCGCCCCCCAAAGGCAGAUUUCUGUGACUUCAGACACUGGACUUUUGUACAGCUCCUGUUUUAUUUUUAUUUUUUUGUAUAACUCCAAACGCUACUCUUCUCCAAAUAUUCCGUGCUUACCGCUGGAAUUUUCUCUGUGUUUUAUUAUACAGCUCGUGUUCUUCGUUUCUGAGUGUGUGCGAAUAAACAGUUUGCAAUAGA